GUGUCUUGUGAGCUGUAGUCUGUGACUUUUGAGUUUUGAGUUUUAUAUUUCGACGACUCUAAAUUUUAUAUUUGAUACUAAGUGAAUUGAUUGCUUUUGGGUUUUGGCAAUGAGAAAAAUUAAAUAAAAAUAGAAUCCUAAAGCGAUAUAGUUACGUGUGAUAGCACGUAACUUGUGCAUAACGAAAUGAAUUUGAAGGCUUAUUCUAACUGACAAUUGUAAAUAACCAAAUAGUUUAUUUGAUAAAUAAUAAAUAAUGACAAAUGAUGAAUCGUGUAACUAUUUCGUAACAUGCGAAAAAUUAUAAGAGCUCAUCCUCGAGAGGUCGUUUCGUGAUGGGUUUCUCAAAGUUGAUAGGAAAAACAUUGGGGUUCGCCGGUUAUGUCAUACAGUACGCUUGUUUUACACAUUGUACUUUUGAAUAUGUUGGAGAUUUUGUAAUGUGCUCUGGACCCUCAAUGGAACCUACGUUGGAAUCAAAUAAUAUACUGUUCACAGAACACAUAACACCUAGAAUGCAAAGACUUCGUCGGGGUGACAUUGUUAUAGCUAAGAGUCCCACAAAUCCAAAUCAAAAUAUAUGUAAGAGAAUAACAGGUUUGCCUGGAGACAAAGUGAGGGGGCACUUUCCUAGACGGACUGAGUAUGUACCCCGGGGACAUGUGUGGUUAGAAGGAGACAACUCUGGCAAUUCUUCUGACUCUCGCGUCUAUGGCCCUGUCCCACAGGGCCUCAUCCGGAGCAGAGUGGUGUGUCGAGUGUGGCCAUUAGACAAAAUUAGUACUUUAACUGAAUAUUAGUGAUCUGUAAUAGUUUAUGUGGACAAUUUAUGUUAUGAGAUAUUGUACAUAUAGAAAUAAAAUACACAUAAAUACA